GGAAGCGACUGUGGCAGCCAGAGCCUGCUCCGCCGUUAACAGCUGGCUACCCAUUCUUCUCCAAGGCCACGGGGAAGAUUAUGCAGCACUUCGGGUCGAUAACGCCACUGGGAAAAAGGCACGAUCUUUUCACAGCAUCGAGAAAGGCGGUGGAAGCUGCCUGCCCCGGGCCCAGCAGUCAGAAGGGCUGAUCUUCUGAGGAGCAGCGGGUAGAAGCCGGGCAAGUGGAAACUGAUACAGCCCCAGUACUAGAGCCCGGCUCCUGCCCGGCCCUGCGGCCGCACCGGCUGACACGGGGCCCGGGGACCCGCCCGCCAGCCGCUGAUAGGCUAUCCAAAACGACAUUCAAAGCAGUUCCUUUUCUGAUUGGUUUACUAUGCCCCGCAGUGCGUUAUGUGAGUUGUGGUUCGGUUCUCGCCCGGUCGUUGCGGAGUUAAUGCGAGCACGUACUACACUUCCCGUCAGGCUUUGCAGGGAGAGCGCAGCUGCGUUUCUCGGGGUCCGCUUAUCCGGGUCCUCAAGCGGUUCAGCCAAUCAGCGCUCGUCAAGGGCGUGCGCCCGGCGCUGAUUGGUGGGUUCGGACGGCCGAGCCCUGUUUGAAAUCCGUUAACGGCGGUGGCGGAGGCGCCGCGCGGAGUGGCGGUGGCGCUCCUGAGACUGUAGCAGUGCAGGCAGACUUGUGGGGACAGUGUGGCUGUGAAGAUGUCUAAGCCAGAAUCCCGUUAUUCUUUUGAUGUCCCAAACAUCUGCAUCGAUUUUGCAACUCUGAAUGAGGAUGAUGUACACAAUGCAGACUCCUGGUUUGACCAAAAAGCCAAUCUGGAGAAUGUCCCUCCUGCAGAAAAUCUGGUCUCCCCCUGCAGCCCUGCCUUCUCAAAGCCUGAUGUUAUUCUGUCUUCUGUCCCAUCACAAGAAGUAGUGAUGAGUAAAAGUGGUGAUGAAGCAGAAUGCGCCCAGGGCAAUGCGGUCCCUGAGAAUAUUGUUGGGUCCUUGGCAACCUGGAGAGCUGCUGCCCCUGCAGAGGCCCCUCAGAGACCAGGCAGGAGACUGGCAAAGCAGGGGAAGACCCAGCAGCACAAGCAGCCAGGCAGAAUCAAAGCAGAGAGAAUUGCUAAUGCCCUGGAAAAUAAGGAAGAUGUUCCACCCUUGAAGAAAAUGAGAAUUUCUGGUAGCAGAGAGAAGGUGACAGAGGCAUCCACAAAGAGAGAGCCCCUGCAGGAUCCUGACCUCUCCCCAGGGAAAGGGAAAAGCAAACUGACCGUGACCUCCACGCCGACAGUGUUGAAGAGGACCAAGCCUUCUAGCAAGCCAAAGAGUACGGAGGAGCAGGAGCUGGAAAAGAUGCAGCAGUUGCAGCAGGAGGUUGUGGAGCUGCGGAAGAAGAACGAGGAGUCUCUGAAAGUAGCUAUUGCUGGAGCAGGACAACCUGUGAAGAGACCUGCUUGUCAAGCAACAAAGCCAGUUGAUUUCCACUUCUGCACAGAGAAUAGAAUUAAACAGAAUGUGGAAAGCCAGCCUGGGAAUGAGUACAAGGAGGUGGAUUUUGCAGCAAUACUGAGGAAGCAUCCCCCUUCUCCGGUGCGAAUGCCAAAGGGACGCACUGUCCCCAAACCUUUCAAUCUGUCCCAGGGAAGCAAAAGAAAACUCGAAGAAGCCACAACAGAAUAUGUGUCCUUUGCUGAGCAGGUAGAAGCAUUCCAAAAACGCACGCCCCCUCGUUAUCAUUUGAGGAGCAGGAAAUCUGAGGAAGGCUCAGUUUCAAAAAAGCCAGUGAAGGCUCGGCUCACACAAGCCAAAACACCAGUGCUGAGAACAAAGCAGCGCUUGAGACCUGUCACCUGCAAAACUGCUGCAGAGUUAGAAGCAGAGGAAGUAGAGAAAAUUCAACAGUACAAAUUCAAAGCACGAGAAGUCAAUUACAAAAUCUUUGAGGGUGGGCCACUCCUGCCUAAGAAACUCCCUGCGAAGGAGCUCACUCAGCCCAUUGGCUUUCAGUUGGAAAUAGAAAAAAGGAUUCAGGAGCGUGAGAGUAAGAAGCAGCAGGAGGAAGAGCGCUAUGAAUUUCAUUCCAGGCCAUGUCCCACAAAAAUUCUGGAGGAUGUUGUGGGUGUUCCAGAGAAGAAAGCACUUCCUGUUACAGUCCCCAAGUCUCCAGCAUUCACUUUGAGAAGCAGAACUCGCGUGUCUAGCAGAGAGGGAGAAAAGGAAAAAGAGGAGGUGGCUGUUAUCAAAGCUAAUCCUAUGCCACAUUAUGGAGUGCCCUUCAAACCCAAAUUGCCAGAGCAGAGGCACGUGGUGGAAGUUUGCCCCUUCUCUUUUGAUGCCCGGGACCGAGAGCGACAAAUACAAAAAGAGAAAAAAAUAGAAGAACUACAGAAGGAAGAGGUGCCAAAGUUCAAAGCGCUGCCUCUGCCUUACUUUGAUGAAGUUAAACUGCCAGAAAAGAAGGUCAAAGCCCCAACUCAGCCUGAACCGUUCCAUCUGCAGGUGGAUGAACGGGGAGCUGCCAAGCUCCAGAGCUGGAAACAGCAGCUUGAAGAAGACUUGAAAAGGCAGAAAGAGGCAGCAUGUUUUAAAGCUCGUCCCAACACAGUGAUGUACCAGGAGCCUUUUGUGCCCAAAAUAGAGCAUAAGAUGCUCUCAGAGAGCCUUUCUGGUUCUGUAGUUCCUGAAAGCUUUGAGCUGGCAACAGAAAGAAGAGCAAAAGAACGGCAAGAAUUUGAAAAGCGAUUGGCAGAUGCAGAAGCCUUAAGGGAGAGGUAUGAGGAGCAGAUCAGGCAGCAACAAGAGGAGCGUGAAAAGGAAGAAAUUGCUAAGCUAAGACAAGAGAUGGUUCACAAGGCAAACCCAAUACGCAGAUACCGCAGCGUGGAAGUGAAGUCCAGUGACCAGCCACUGACUACGCCAGUGUCUCCCAAGUUCUCAGACAGAUUCCGAUGCUGAUGAGCAUCCAGGUGAUACCUGGAGGGAGAGCCUAUCCCUCUCCACUCCCUUGGUAGAGAGAGGGAGCAAUUGUUUUGCUCAGUCUGAACUCCUGUGCUUGGUUCCAUUGUUGUACUGAGUAGUUAAACUACACCUGAGCCCAUGGCGUUUCAGCAGUGCCUCCUGGCUUUGCUGUGUAUCCAGACCCCAUCUUCUCUUGAGACUAAACCAAAUUUUGAUAUUGCAUACAGAUAUUGUGUACCUAACUAAAUAAAAAUUCCUAAUCUGCUUGCUGUCUCUGGAUAGUGGGCUGAAGCCCUCUCCUGCCAGAAGAGUUUUUGGUAAAGACUGACUACACAGAUAUGUACAUCUGGCAGAGCUGUCUUGUGUUUGUACACUAAGUGCUAUUUCCAUGUGUCUCUUUUUUAGCCUUUUAGUCUACAUUUAGCUUGAAUUGUGUUAAGUGAGGUUCCUUCAAGCCAGUGUAGCGUGGGUCUGGCCUUCCUUGUUUUGUAUUUACAUGACCACAAAUAUAAAUCUUGCCCACACUUGAAAGUAGCUCUUUGUAUAUAUUAGAGCAUUAAACCAUCUUGCUGUUUUAUAGCUGAAGCCCUUCUAUUUGGGGAACCAUUUAUCUGGCAAGUGACUUGCUGUGAGCUGCUGCACCAGCUCCUGCCAGUGCAGGUCUCUUGGCUACAGAGCCAUCAGCAUCUCUAGCCAGUUUGGGAAGCAAGCGGAACUAAAUAUAGCCUAAGUGCUCAAAUGUGCUGAAGGACAAAACUGCUGGCAUUGUGAAGAGUGGAUACAUCUAGAUUAAAGUUUUAAUAAUUAUUUUGUACUUAGUAUUGUGCUCUGAUUUCUUACCUUGAUAUUUUGCUGAAACCUGUUAGAUGGGCUGCUCCUACUGUUUGUUGUGCUGCUUAGAAGAGAGAGGGAUGGAAAAGGGAAAUUUAGAAUUAAUUUGUCCUAAGUGGAGAAACUUUCUUGUUUGGUGAUUAUGGAAAACAUUUGCUUUCAUUUCCUCUGAAUUGGGAUACUGUUGAAAAAGUAUUCCCAGAGUGUAUAGCUUUUUCUAAGAUUUUUGGAUGAAAAAGAGUUAAACUUGGUGUUAGACUCCAGCUAAGGGGGUGGUUAGAGGUGCUGUCUCAUUCUUGCCAAAGUACAUCAAGCAAUUGCUAUUUUACUCCUAAAUUGAGAGAGGUAAUAGUGGAAAAAAGUCUUUAGAGACCUAAAUUACAAGAAGAAUGUUUAUUGUACCUGAGGGACGAUGUUGCUGCAGGAAUUCUCCUAAAAAGUGCAAUGCUCAAGAGAUGUCAUUGCAGAACAGCUGGGUUCUCUAUGGGAGUGUUUCAAAGAGCACCAGCCUCAAACUUCAGUGCUGGGGUUAAGAGGAAAAGCCACCCACACCAAAAUACUUGAGGAUCUUAGUGUAGCUGUGGCAGAGGUUGGUCCAAAAGCUUGAUUUAAUCACCCUGUCUGCCUUCAGCCACAUUUUUCUGACUUUGUUCAUAACCGUGAGAGUUACAGACAGUCAGAAAACUUGCUGUCACUGCUGCUGUGACAAUUUGCAGGAGUGGCUGGAGCACAAGAGCCAUGUCAGCAUCUUCAAAAUGAAAAUCCAUGUGGAUCUGACCUGUCUGACUUAACUCCAUUUCUGUCAUGGUGGAGCUGUUCCCUUGUGAUCUGCUACUGGAUGGGGACAUCACAGAACCUCAGAUGGGCUGACAGGGAGCCCUUUUUCCUCGAGUGCCAGCUCUGGAGAAGGCAGCGUGUGGGCAGCAGGAGCAGCAAAUAUUAAUGAUGAGUCAGGGAAGGCUGGAAUGAUGAUGAGCUGCUGAAAAAUGUGUAGGCAAGCAGGAGCAUGAGGCCAUGGAACUGGAGCAGCCACUGAUCCCUGAAGGAUUUUCCUGAUGGCCCUACAUGGCCUCUUCUUCCUUGAGGAAGGGGUUGUGUGCCUGACAGCUUGGCAGUAUUUUUUCCCCAAUGGUAUCAUUUGGGUCUAAUAAAAGACAUUACAUCUUUCCCCAACCAUGGCCUCGUCUAUUCCCCAUGCACUGCAAACAGGGGAGCCUCAGGCAGCUGUGCCUCCAAGGGUCUGGGGUGUUUGUAUGAGCUUGGAGUCACCCACCAUGUUCUCACAGGCUGGGGUGUGGGACCUGUUCUCUGAAUCAGGAGGGAAGUGGAGACUUGGUGGGAAAAUUGCUCUAGUGUACAAAGUAUAAUAAUCAUGUCCUGAAGGAGCUGGAUGUUGGAGAAGAUGGGAUUUGGCCAAGGUUUCAGCAGGGAGAUGGUGGUAGGUGAUUUUUCUGGUGCUUGUGAGAACAAAUUUACAGGAUGGGAGCAAGAGACUGGGAUUUAGCGAGGUGCUGUUUCAAUAUCUCCCUUCAGAGUCAUGGUAGGUUGAGAAACUGAUAUAAAAUCUAUAUUCCUCCCUGUGUGGAUUUCGCAAAAACAUUUUUGUAUUCCAGUACUCAAAGCCCAUCACUGUUAUGUGUGUGCCUUGAGAGCAAGGAGAAGGGAGGAGGUUAGGAGAAAUCUACAAAAUCUUCCUCUGCUCCCAUUCUCAUUGAGCUGUACUUAAUUUGUUGUCGAAAUAAUUUGCUGAUCACAGACUAAAGCUGGAACUUAAAGGGAAUGUUU